AUGUCCGGGUUGACCCUGGGGGGAGGAGGCAGUGGUGGUGUGCGACCGACGCAACCCGCGGCCUUUGCUUCUCUCCAGGAUUCCGCCGACGCCGACCGCCGCUCCUCCACCACCACCUCCAACAACCCCCUCCACUUCCCUCCGACUUCCUCUCAACUCUCCGACGAUUUCUCCUUUGGCUCCCCAAUCAGCCCCGCCGAUUCCUCGAAUGCUCCCGACAGUCUGCUUCACGAUUCCCUUUUUCCGGAAUGGAAGGUCGGUACGCCUCGAGCCGGGUUUGAUGGGCCCGAUGAGAUGCAGCGAAAGGACCCUUUAGCGACCCAGAUAUGGAAGCUGUAUUCUAGGACCAAGGCUCAGUUACCCAACCAAGAGCGCAUGGAGAACCUGACGUGGCGGAUGAUGGCAAUGAGCUUGAAACGCAAGGAACGGGAACGUGCUCAGCAAUCUCGUAGUGCCUCCGCUAGAAACAGCGUUUCCGGCCCCAGUGGCAUUGCUCAACUACGUCUCACUGAUCGCGAGCCGACCGCGGCAAAUCCGUCUCUCUCCACCGACCUGACCUCUGAUCCUAUGAACCUCGACGAUUUCAUUGUUCCCUUCGAAUCUCCGUCCGAUCACCCAUCUCCUCAACUCACGAAAGGCGAGGCGACGUCGGCAGCCAUCCCGAUCAAGUCCCGCAAGGACCAGGUGGCUGAGUCCACACCCGUGCCCGCAUCGUUCCCCCACCCACCCCAGGACCAGCGAAAGAACAGUGAGUUUGGCUACGUGCCCCGUCGGGUGCGCAAGACGAGCAUCGACGACCGCCAGUUCUUCAACCUCCAGGUGCCCACCCGGAAACGCCCGGCCGAGGCGUCGCCCCAGGUGCCGCCCGUGUCGAACGCCAUGUUGGCUCAGGAUCCGGACUUGUCGGGCGGUGUGCCGGACUACGCCCUGGAUGCGUCGUCGGCCUUUGCGUUGCAUCAUAAUAACCAUUCUUCGUCCCACCACAACCACACUUCGCCGGGCAUGCCGUUUGGUCUGGAUACCUACGGCCUGGGUGAAGAUCCGAUCCUUACUUCCGCCGGUCCCUACCAGACCCAGUUUACUUUCUCUCCCACUGAGUCCCCCAUGACGUCAGGCAACCCCUUUGCCAACCUGUAUGCGCACACGCCGGUGGCCUCGUCCCUCAACUCGACCGAUUUCUUCUCCCCGCCGCAGUCGGGAUACCAGUCGACAGCCUCGACGCCGCAGCCCGCGUAUGACGGUGAGCAUUCGAUGUUCUUCGAUAUGCCGUCGGUGGAUGCGCGCACGCAGCGCCGGGUUCCCAACUACGUCUCGCACCGCACGUCGAACCUGUCUGCUUCGCUGCAACCGCGAUAUAUGUUCAACCAGAACCAAGAUCAGUCGCACCACACCGGCAACCAUUCGUCGUCGAUGCACUCGCCGGGCUAUCCCAUCCCUCAGCCCCAGCACGUUGAUCCCACCCAGGUGCUCAACCCCAACGAUUUCUCGACCGGGGCUUCUCAUGCGGCCAUGUUCAGCUUUGGCGCUGAUUCGGAUAACGAGGACGACGACGGUAACCAGUUCUCCGACCGUGCGGGAUUGACGAUGCCUGGCGAUCUGGAUGAUGGUGCGGAUAUGAACGGUGGCAUGCAGUGGGAUGCUCAGUUCCCUGGGUCCUUCCACUCGCUGCCAGGAUUCACCGCACAGCACCGUAAGCAUGUGACGAUCGGGUCCGCCGACAUGAUGGACACCCCCAGCGAAUGGGCUCAAAGCGGCAGUCUGGGACGCACGCAUGGAUCGGCCGCCUCGGUCAGCGAGGUGCGCAACCGCGAGCAAGAUCCCCGGCGGCAGAAGAUUGCGCGUACGACGUCGACGCCUAAUACGGCACAGCUGCUGCGGCAGAGCAUGAACGCCAACACUUCACACACGUCACCCAACACACCGCCAGAGUCGGGCUUGAGCAGUGCCGUGCCAUCUCGGCCGGCCAGUCCGGGUGGCUCGAAGAACGGUGAGCAGAGCAGUGGCCCGACCACAUGUACCAACUGCUUCACGCAGACCACCCCGUGUGCGGCGUAAUCUGAGGGCCAGCCGCUGUGUAACGCCUGCGGGCUGUUCCUGAAGCUGCACGGGGUGGUGCGGCCACUGUCGCUCAAGACGGACGUGAUCAAGAAGCGCAACCGCAGCAGCGCCAACAGCCUGGCGGUGGGCACUUCGCGCGCGUCGAAGAAGUCGGCACGCAAGAACUCGGUGCAGCAGACGACGGUCACCACGCCGACGUCGAGCCGGGCGCAGAGUGGUGCGACGUCGUCGGAGUCGCCGCCCGCGGUGCCGGGUGGCAGUUCGUCGGGCAGAGCCGCAGGCGUGGUCCCCAUCGCGGCGGCGCCUCCAAAGGCGAACCCGACGACGAGUUCUCCAGGACAGAGUCGGGGAACCUCGUCCGUGCAGAUGGCGCCGAAGCGUCAGCGUCGGCUGGAAAAGGCCACGGACGCGGAGGCAGGCGGCGACGAAGCCAGCAAAUCGAGCACGGCGAGCGGAGGACGGUCCAAGGUGGUGCCUCUGGCGCCGGCAAUGCCCCCGGCGGCAGCCAAUCCGGCCAACCACAGCAUUGCAGGCGGGCAAGGAGCCAGCCAAGAGUGGGAAUGGCUGACUAUGAGUCUGUAA